AGAAACCUUUCAGUUGACCUUUGUUUUUCAUGUUUAGCUGUCUGUGAGUUAUUCUUUUUUCACUUUGGAGCGCUCCAGCCUGGAAUUGAAAUUGUCGGUGUGCAGCCAGGGCAGGAGAGUAUCGGCCAAUAAACAUCAGGAACUAUGCGCUCUCACGGACAGCGAUAUUGGGCUGCCGGGGUCACGUUACAACUAAUGUACAAACGGGCUUUAAAGCGAACUGUCCCUGGCGGGUGAAUACACAGCGGAACAGUUUAUAGUCAGAGCGGGGCAGUAAUUACCCCCAGUGCCAUGCUAUCGCUACAAGCAGCCCCCGCAACCUCACUCCCCUGCUCACCAUAAUGAGCCAGAGCCGAGGAACUGUGCCACACCGCUUCCCCCUCCCCCCGGUCACGGUGUCGGGCCGGUCACAUGACGCGGUGACGUCACGGGCAGCGCAUAGGCGGCUGCUGUGCAGGUCGCUUUCCUUGCUCGGCAGAAUAGUGGGGGAUGAUGACGGAGGGAAACUAUUCACCCCUGAAGAGUAUGAGGAAUAUAAGAAAACUGUGCUUCCUAUGCGCCUGCAGAACAGACUAUAUGUCAGCUGGAGAUCACCAACUGGCAUGGAUUGCAAGCUUGUUGGACCAGAGACACCUUGCUUUUGUACACACAGAUACAAACAGCACAAAACAGAUUUCCAGGAACUUCCUAAGGAAAGGCCAUUACUGUUGCCUUGCAGAGUGAGUAAAUGUGCAUGUAAGUCAUUUCAUUACAUCCCGCUCAAUGGAUCACGCCCCAUUCGCUGCAGGUGCAAACACUUUGCGGAUGAACACAGCGUGGCUGGGACCUAUCACUGCACCCAAUGUACAAAAUGUUCAGGUUUUCACAGCUCCUUUACAUGUGGAUGCAGCCAACCAGCUUAUACUCAUGACACUGUUGUAGAAACCAAAGAGGAACGCCUGGCCCAGGGAAAACCUGUUGGGCAUGAUGUCCCAUUUGCUGCAAUGGGGGGUCUGACAGGCUUCAGCUCUCUUGCUGAGGGAUACAUGAGAUUAGAUGAAAGCGGCGCAGGUGCACCGAGUACAAGCUUUUUGGAGUCUUCUGAAAGUGGAACAUCUCAUCCAUUCCUGAAAAUGUAUUACCAACCCAUUAAAGUGCAGGCAGUUUCAGAACCAUCAGGUAUUGUUACGCAAGUGUCUAACAUGAGAAUAUCUGAAGAUGAUGACAUGGCUUACUUUGAGCGUCGUUACCAGGAGAGGUUGUUGAAAGAAAAAGAACAGAAAAGACAGAAGAACAGCAAGCCUCCCACAACAAAUCGUCCAUAACAGAUCUCUUCUGCAAGAAUAUGUUUACAUUUUUAUUUUCUAACAGUCUUAAAACAAAAUAAAAAACCUUACAUGUACUCCAAAUUUAGCCUCUACAUGGAAAGCAUGCUCAAGUUAAAGGCAGGGCCUGAUGUGAAUAUGUUGAUACUAUAAAAAGGAAUCUUAAGUGUACCCAAAUCAAGACAUUUUGGCAGUACAAGUACAAAUGUACCCACUAAACUUUGACGUUUUAUCUUACUAUUUGAAGUUGACCACAUAUAAAUCAUUUGUAAUGUAUAUUCUGGUCUUAUCUGUCUGUCCUGAAAGCCUAUGGAAAUGGGUGUUGGCCUCAUUACAAGCUAUUGGCUUACGAAACCAAAAUAAAAAAUGAGCUAAUCAAUGGCCUCAUUGGAAUGAA